AUGACAGGCUUACAAUUUUUCGGAAAAGUAAAAAAAACAGAAAUACAGGAAAUUGAGAAGAAACUAUUGCACAUUCACAAGUGUGUUACUAGAAGUUUGACCAAUACAAACCUUUUAAAUAAAGGAGAAAUAAUACUCCAUUGGAAAAAAUGCCAUAUGUAUGUAACAGAUGUGAAAACGCAUGUAACAGAGUUUUUUGAGAAUUACAAGAAUUUUGAGAUAUGCAAUGAAAUCAACUUAUUAAUUGGUGAGUAUUUUAUGUACCUUAUUAUAUAUUUGAAAAAUGUGAAAAUUAAGAAAAAUCCCUUGAAGAUUCUUAAUUUGUAUAUUUUUGUAAACAAUAAGUGGAAAGAUAAAUUAAUUUACCAUUUUUUAAAAAAUCUCUUUUUAAAAAAUGAAGAUGAGGAACAGGAUUGCACUAAUUGCAAAACGUUGAUAAUCGAAUAUUUCAUAAAUAAUUAUGGAACAUUUCGGGAGGAGCACAUUGCCUUAUUUUACACGAAUAUAUUGAAAUACAUUAAUAACAAAUUGAAAAUAAAUUUUUUAAAAAAGAACCAAAAUUAUUUAAACAUUUUUGCCAAUUUUCUAAUCACUUAUAAUGGGAAUGCAACACUCCAAAUAACGAGUCACAUGCUUAACGCCUUUUUACUUAUUGCGAAAAAUUUAAAAAAAAUUCUCUUGCAGUUCCCUUUUGAUAAAGACAUUUGCACACAUGUGUGCUUGAUUUAUCAGCAGGUGAAAAAUGUCAUAGAAGCUUACCGAACGAGUGUAUGUCUUCUUUUGUCCGACAAGGUACAUCUCUCUCCCAUCUUACCAGUUGGACUUGAAACCAAGCGGAUAAAUCAGCAGGAAGAUCCCCCUAGCGAUGCGGACAGUGAUGAAGAAUUUGACGCAAGUGAGGAGGAAGAUGUGGGAUUGGAUGUGGAGACGGGAAUCAACAGCAGCGUAAACGACCAGAACGUUAUUAUAUUGCACAAGUAUUUAGGCUGCAUAAAAAAGAUACAACAGCUGCUUCAACAGUGUGAUAACAUUAUUAAGGAGAAGAAAAAAGAAAACCCCUUUUUACUAUUGUGUAAAUAUAGGAGCAUAUUAAUUAUAAAAUAUAAAAAUGUAAAGCGCCUGAAUAUUAGUGACAACUUGGAAUAUUUUAUUUUAUUUUUUAAAAUAAAAAAUUUACUAUGCGAAGGGAGCAAAAACCCGUUUUUUAUCUUUCUGUGCAUAGACAGCAUAAAUUACUGGUUCCAAAAAAAUGAAAAAUUGCAGUACAUUUUUGAACAUGCCAAAGGAGCAGAUUUAGCAAAAGGAGAAGAAUCCGAAGAGUGUUUUUUUACCGAUGGAUUACCCAAUAGUUAUGCCGAUGAUCGACUAGGGCAUAAUGCAAUGAAGAGAAAUUGUCCCGGGAAAAAGGUUUCUUGGCCAAAUUAUAACUUAGCGAAUGGGAACAUCACAAAUUUAGACUCUACCGAUUUGUUGCACUUUCCCCAUGAAGGUGAAGAUAAAAUUUGGGAAGAGGACUCCACCCUCGUUAGGCAUGAACAAAGGGUUAAGCUUAGUCAAAAUUACGGUUUUAUUGAUGGUAAGGAUGACGAUUCUGUAUACUAUGGUGAAGGAGAGGAAGUUCGUGAGGAUGCCAAAAUGAUAAGCGAAGGAAACAACCCUGAAGGGGUACGGAACGCACAGGCGAACAUUUCACGAGUACAGAUGGACGAACUGAUCAAAACAGAUGGCUAUGUCAAGAUAAGUAGUUUAAGAAACCACUUUGAACUUUUGUCCCAUACAAAUAGAAUCAAUUUUAUGUCCCAUCUGUACAGCGCAAUUAUGAAAAGCUUACUAGCAAUCCUAAAAAAGUAUUCAUGGUAUAACAUAAAAAUUAUAUGGAAAAGUUGCAUUGGCAUUUACGAAUUUUUACUGAGCAGCAAGAAAAAUACAUUUAUAAAAAAAGAAGUAUGUGAUCAUUUAAGGUAUAUAAUUUUUAAUCAGGAAAAAAAAAAGAAAUAUAUGUGUUUAUCGUUGUUGUUAAAAUAUUUUAAAGAAUCCAUGUGUGAAAAAAACGUAUUGGAAUAUCUUUUCUACUGCUUCUUUCAAAAUGACGACUUUUUCAUGUUCAGUCUAUACGAACUCAUAAAGCAAUGUAUUAAACACAUAUUUAUCCACGCGAAGGAUAAGAAUUUGUUGUAUUACAUUUUUUUAAAGAAUAUUUUAAUAACCGAUAAUUUUUGCAUGAAGACUUUCUACAUAAAAAAAUUUAUCGAGUUGUUUUACAAGCACGAUAGUAAUUAUGUGUACUUUAUCUUGAAUAAGGAGUAUUCUGACUUGCGAAAAUAUUUUGAUGCGACCAUCCAGGAAGAACAAGAAGGAAGAUCCAUUCAAGCAGAUCCAAUGGAACCUGAACAAAACAACGUAGACAAUUUUAUUAACAUGAACAACAUGAACAAUGUGAAAAUUUCCAUGGAAAUGACAGACAGACAUUAUUUUUUAUUUUUAAUGAAGCAACUGUUGGAGAGAAAAGACACAGAAGAAGUUACGUAUAACUGUGUUGUGGACCAAAUGGAGGAUAACAUCUUCUUGAAUUACAAAAUUGUGAAUGAUGGAAUGAACUCGUUGGAGAAAAAAAACCCUAAUAUGAAGGAAACGACGAUGGAAGGAAAAUUUUUGAUUUACAAUUUUCACUCUUUAGAAAAUAUCGCCUUCUUAGAGCUUUACACAUUAUGCACUUUGAGAAAAUACGAAUCCAUCGAAGUGGUAUAUUACAAAGGUGACUACUUCUAUCAACUCGGGAAGAAUGUUUUGCUAAACGUGAAAAUCCUAAACAACUUUUUCUACUUCUCGAAUGACGAAUUUGUGUUGUCCAUCUUGUCCUUCAUCUGCGAAAACAAAUAUUUGAACCUCUGUGAUUUGUAUCUAUUCCGCACCUUCUUAAUCACCUCCAUAACGAACAUUUCGAGGACAAGUCGGGAUGCCUACAGAAAGUACAUUCUUCUGUUCUUUGAGAAGUUUUUCAUAUAUUACCAGAGGAUGGUCGAGGUGGACAAGCGGAGAAGCUACAACACCGAGGGGGAUGUAAACGCAGGUGCUACCCAUAUGGAUAAACAUUCAUUUGAAGUCCAAAAAGUUAUUUCUUUCUUGUAUGGGAAUGUGGAGAUGGUGAGAAAAAACUCCGUUUGUGAUACACCGAAGGAGGUUUACUCCACCUGCAUAUUUCCUUCUACUGACGAAAAGCACGUAGACCACAGGGAGGGUAUUUUCCUGUACAAUUACUACCUCAUGAAUAUCUUAUUUGUUCUGUAUAAGAACAUUAAUAAAGACAUGGGCAUUGAGGCAACGGUGUACUGCUCAGAUAUACUAAACGCGGUAGUGGAUUAUUGCGCACAUUUCGAAAAUCUUAAUUUCUUAUUUUUCCUAUUCAAUGCCAAGACGACAUGGAAGGAGUUUUACCUAAUUUCGAAAGAGAUUUUUUUCAAAACUGUGAAUAUAAUUUUGCUAAAAAGAGAAAGUUUUGCCUGCUUAAAUAAUGCAUUCAUUCAUUUGGUAAGAUCGCACAGGCAGGUGGACCAUUCGUUUUACGCUUUCCUACUAAGAUUAUGCUUCAUUUCGUUAAAUCAACGUAGGGAAGUAAACAAGAGGGAGGAAGGAAUAGUCACCCACCUUCUCACUUCCACAAGCAGUGAUAAACAUGAGAUAUACGAACGGGUAAAUAAUUUACGCCGGAAUACCAAUAGGGAGUAUUCCCCCCCAUGUGAUUUUUUCAAUUGUCUCAUUAGAAGCAGGGACAUUGAACAUAUAAAAGAGGACAACAAGUAUUUAAUAAAUUACGUGAACUACCUAUUCAGUGAUAGAAGCGAGAAGUGUGAGAACCGUGAGAGCGACGCGAUGCUAAACAUUCCAUUGUAUAUAUUCGAAUGUUUUAUUAACAAACUUAAAAAAGAAAAUAUCGUAAAAUUAACAAAACACGAGGACAUAGAAAACUGCGAAAUGUAUAAAUUGGCCUACUACAUAAACGAGUUUAUCUUAUACCUUAAGGACAACAUGGAUUUCAGCAAACACAUAGAGGGGGCAGCGUUUAGGAAAAACUUCUGUGAAAUUAGCUUAUGCAGUUCGAGCACAUAUUUGAAUUUCGAGAAGCAUAAAUUAUUGAGUCUAUCGAGCGAAGUGCUUGAAUCGUCGGAUGGAUGCCAAUUAAUAUUGUUAAAAGUUUACAUGUGCAACGUGCUUCACUAUUUUAUCAGUUAUUUGAACACCCUAUUUUUAAAUGAGUCGAAGAGUUUUUUUUUCGAUUGCAGAGGACACCUAAUUUUUGAAGACGAAAGUGAGAAGGAAGCAACUUCUAUUAUUAUUUGGUUGUCUAUCAAAUAUAUAUGUAUUUUGUUCACCUCCAUCAUUGACUUUUCCUUCAAAUUUAAUAUUACCACUUGUGAGGGGGGUGAUAAUCUGGGAAAACAAAACGACUCCACGGUAGGAAAUGGUAACUCGAAAGGCCAAAGUACGAAGGAUGCAAAUUAUGCCAAUGGAAAGAAAAACAUUACUUUGUUCUUUUUUGACAGUACAGAAAUUCACCUCAUCAUUCAGAACCUUCUGUGUCUGCUAUUGCACUCCAAGCAUAUAGCAUGUCAGCAGUAUCUGUCGGAUUGCCUAUUGGAUAUCUGCAGAAUUAUAGUAAUGAGGAGUGGCGAGAGUAUGCAAACAAUUCCGUUGUUCUACGUGUACAUCAUUUUGCUUAUUUUUAAAAACGAGGGGGGAGUAUCAAAAUGUAGGGGGGAAGAUGGAAACCAGGUGGACAAAACUAUGGACGGGCGAGCACAUAUCCCUUCGGAUGAGCCCGUCUUGAACGGAAACCCAGAAGACCCAGAACCCAACAUUGAGUUCCUAACGGGAAUUAUCAGCCGACUGAACAAAAUGCUAACAACGAAGGAGGAAAACAAUGUAAACGUAAGUGAAAUUUUAUCUGCACAUUUUUUAACAGGCAGUUUUACACCCCCCAAGUGGGAGGCACAUGAGAAACCCACAGUUCAGAACGUUACCCAAAGGGAAAACAAAAGAGAAAGCGGUGAAACGAAAUCUGGAACAUCUCCUCAUGUGAAUCAUAACUUCAAGUUAAAUGACAAAUUGAACAUGCUUAUUUGGGAUGACCAACGUAUUAACACAAAUUUUUUGAGAAAGUCAAGCAACAUGUGUCUAGCGCUAAGUUCUUUAGCCAAAUCGUAUAGAGCAAAAGAGCAGUAUAUCAUAUACAAUUUUAUCAUAAAAAUUAUAAUCAAUUAUUUGCUUAACGGAAAUAAUAAGUAUAAAAAGGUUAUUUGUGUGAACAUUAUAAAACAUAUAUACACCAUUAUUGAUAAUAAAACGCUUUAUGAAUACAUGAGUGAUAUUUACAAAAUAGCUUUAACCUACUAUAGGAGUAAAUUUUUCUGCUUGAAAAGUGCGAGCACAUCACUGUACAACAUAUUAACAAAACGCCUGUUGGCCAAGCUGAAUUAUUCUUACCAUGUAUCGUCAAACAUGUAUUAUUUCUGUACGGGGAGCAAAAGAAGAAUAUUUAAAAACAUGAAUUUGACUUUUUUCGAUUUAUUAAAUUCAGUAAAUUUGUUAAAGAUAUUUUUAAAUGUGUUUAUAAGAAAAGGCAGAAUUUUAAAUGGACAAAAUUUUAGAGAAAAUGAAGGUAAACCCUUUUUUGACUAUUCCAAUUUUUAUGCCCAAUUUAUUCCCAUUUUGAUAUUUUUGUCGAACAUUAUAAUUUUUAACAAUGAUGAUUAUUUCUUACUGAGAAAUGUCAAGGGGGAUUUAGUGGCUGCACAUAGCGCACACCAAUUUUCGCCACACAAUGCAUCUCUGGUGGACACAGGGGGGUCAGCUGUAGAAGAAGUUGACAACCCGAGCGAUAUGCAAGAAGGGGGAAAAAACACAGAAUUGGAAGAGGAUCGUACGGAUAAUCAACCCUCCAACGAUCCAGACGGGGAAAACCAAACCCAAAUAAGCAACAUGAACAUAUACUUCCUUUUUGUGGAGCACCUGAAAAAGUUACUGACGCACGGAAAUUACUUCGUCCAAGUGCUCAUUUGCAGAAUAAUCGUCAAUGUGUAUAUGCACAUAUAUUUGAAGCUGAAGAAAGAAAAUUUGAUUUUUAACUUUUUAAACAAAAUUGUAAUAAAUGCCAUGGAAGGGAAUAAGAAAAAUUGCUACCUUCUUCUGUUCAUAGAAUUUGUGAAGAGAAAGGAAUCCAAAACGUUAAUGGAGGAAAAUAAAAAAAAGUUCAGAAAAAUAUUCUUCCAAUUUUUAUUCCUAUUUAUGAGAAGCGAAAGGUAUAUAGAAGUAUUACUAAUUUUGCAAAUAUUAAACAUCCUGUAUAGUAAAAUUUCCAUUUCCUUGGACCAGAAUGUUGUGGAUUUUCUGUUUAGGCGGUUAACACUAUAUCAGGAUGACAUGUUCAUAUCCGUUUUGGUGAAUGAAUUAUUGAUGAAGAUAACUAAGCGGGUUGAAAAUUUUGUUGCCCUUCUGGACAUAUACACAUCGAGUAAGAACGAGAGGCACAUAGAGUCCUUCCUCUAUAACUGGUUUCUGCACACAAAGAAGAGGUACAAGAAGGAGUUUCAAAUAAGGGAGAGGCAGCUCAGCGACAUGUCAAAUUAUAGUUCUUUUAAGUUUUUCUCUCAAUGUGAUAAAAAGGGGGUGAAAAUUCCCCUGGGUGAGAAAUGGUUAGAUGAGACUAAACAAAGUGUCACUGGUGAUAGUGAAGGAGAGGUCCUUGGGGGGGACGGUAAAAUGGACGAAUCCGUGGAUGAAAGGAUGUACAUUUAUCUGUACCUUUUACUUUUCCAAAUAAUACACACGUAUAAGGACAACAUAAAAAUUAAGAAAUACUGCUUCAGUAUAAUCUUGACAAUUGUGAAAUUUAUAUCCAUUGAAAAUUUGUUCCUCUUCGAGCGUAUGCAGCACUAUUACAUAGAGCACGUUGACCAGAACUAUCUGGACAAGUACAUCAUUUCGUAUAGCUACCAUAUAUGCGUGAAAUAUUUUUCCAUUACACAAAAGGCAGAAGGUAAGAAGAAUCAGAAGGAGCGCUACGAAUCUGAGAACAAAUUUAUCGAAGCUAUUUACAACUUUAUCGACACAGAGAAGGAGAGAAAUAUAUCAUCCCUCAAUUGUAACUGGAAGGAAUCUCUUUUUAACUAUGCAUACUUUUACAUGCUCCUUUUCCUAAAUUUGGUGGCACGUCUGUGUAACAAAAAUUCGUUGACGUAUACGAAAUAUUUUGUGAAGGCCUUCAUGAACUACGGAAUUGUUGAAUAUAAUUAUGGUCGUCUGGAGCAGGAAGAAGGAGAAAUGAAAAAUGUAGAAGCAGGUGGAGGUGCUGAUAUUGAGAAUGAUGUCAUGGUGCGGAAGGAAGAGACACAUUCUUCACUUGGAUACCCUACCAGAAAUGAUGCACCAAGUUGGAACAGCAGAAAUGGAACGAAAGGAAAUAGAGAAAAUGAAAUAUUUGAUGUGACACAAUUUUUGAAGAAUAAUUAUUCCGGUGAAGGUACCCCUCCCCAAGUGAGUACUCCCAAUUAUGCACUACCGAAGGAACAGAGUAAAGAGCGCGAUGAAGGGACAAGCGCAUAUAAAAAAUACAAAGAGUGGUAUAGGACGGAUUUGAACCAAUGGAUAAUGGAAGUAGUGAAGAAGAAAGUGAGGAAACAAAAUAUUACAAUCGAUGUUGUAUAUGUCAAAAAUUCACUAAAGCAUCUCAGAGGGCAUAAUUUGUUUACUGCCUUCUUUGUGAUACUUUACUCUUGCCUGAUAUUUAUGUUAAAUGAUGAAAACGAACUGAUAAGGUACAAGGCCAAAAUUGCAGUGUUCCAUAUGAUGAGGAAGAGGGCGUUAAAUAUGUAUGGAACUGUUAAGGACAUAAUCUCUGUUGAGUUCUUCAUUUAUUACCUUUCCAUAUGGCACCAACAUGUGGCCCUACAUAUUUUAACCUUUUGCAUAUUCCAAACGAAGAGCUGUAUUACUGACAAAUUUUAUUACAACCCUAUUAAAUUAUUCGAUCAGGAAAAGUACAAUUUGUAUAUUAACAAUGUGUUACUGAACCAUUUGUUUGUGUUUUAUUACCUAUUUAAUAUCACGACGAUUUACGUGGAAGGGAAUCCAAUAGCGGAGAUUACCGACUUUUACCAUUUCAUCGACAUGCUAGGUGGUCAAAAAAAGGAUAUCUUCAUCAGAAAUGUAGACAUUGAAAAUGCAACCCCAUUUCUUUCGAAGGAUGAAACCAGUUUGGAUGAACAAGAUUUAUACGUGUUGAAAAAUGGUUCCGUAUGGAAGAAGAUAAUGGAAAGAUUAAUCCGUAAACGUGCCUUCUGUACGGGCUGCCACAUCUUGGGCGGUGAAGAGAAACCAUCCCUUAGAACCUCCUAUUUGGUGUCACACAGAAAAGGUUUGCUAACAUUCUACAUGGGAAGCUUUCUAUUGUUCCUAGAAAUGGAAUACAUGGCAGACAUUAAGAAGAGCCUAGACAAUUAUUCACAUCUCCUAGAGUCCUACAAAAAUGUGGACCUCUUUGAUUCCAACUUGGUCAUUUGCUGGAGCAAUCUCUUCAACAAAAUAAUUAUUUUUCUAAUCAACAUAUUCAUUUUUUUUCAAAAAAGUACAUCACUGUAUUACAACAGUUAUUUCUACGAAGAAAUAAAUAUGAUUAAGUCGAAGACCGCAUCAAUUUAUGACACCUUCAAAUUGGUAAGACAUGAAAUGAAUCCUUUUUUACUGAAAACUAUGGAGCUUCUGUUGUCCAUCAUGGACACUGAUUUUUUAAAAAACAAAAAUUUCUUUUCAGAUAUAUACACGUUAUUAUACUCUUUGAAGGGUUCCCUUUAG